UGUUAUCCAUUAUCUUCUAAUUUCCCGACUUCUGCAUGCAUACUCCUUUUUUAGUGAUUUUCAUGGCAACUGUUUCCAAAGUAAAGCGGUAAAGAUAAAUUUCUUACCACUUAAAUAUAAACAUGUCAUCGAUCAUGGUCAUGAAGUCCACGCCAGAGAUUGCAACAACUAAUUGGAAAAAAGAUAAUUAACUAUCAAAUCAUUGUGAACGUAUUUUCCAUUGUAGAAAAGAACAAAAACACAUACAAAUUGUUUUGAAAUAGGAUUGCAAGGUGCAUUAUGGAGAGAGUAUGCCUAUGCAAGACAGAAAAUGUUAUAAAUUGCUGAUGAACAAAAACUAACUUACCGUAGUGACUCCCCUGUGCAAAUAGAGUUAUUGGAAACUAACUCUUUCUUGGAUCUUCACAGAAUCAACAUCCGCCGGUGAGAGUUGCAAAAGAAACGGUGGUUAUGAGCCAUUUUUUCGUUUUUUCCGUCUGAUAAUAUUAAUUUUAAAAAGAAAUACAAAGUUGGAUACAUCAGUUGAUCCACAGCAACAAAAGCUCAUGAACAGACGACUGUAACCCGUACCGGGGUGUCUUACAAGAACAAACGCCAUUUCCGCGUUUUUAAAACACGAUUUAGAAUAUUUAACUUUAUUAAAAAGUUCAAAAAACAAUAAAUCAAAAACCCAAGGGUGCGAAAGACCAAAAAUCUCAAAGAAAAACAUUUUAACCGAAUUAGCAAAACCAGUUCGAACCGGACUAAAAUGCAUGUUUGAGUUUAACUGGGCCGAAAAUAAUGCAAGUGGGCCUAGAAGGUUAAUACUUAAUGGAAUGAUAGUAGUGAAAGAAGCAACGUGGAGGCAAAGAUACGUGUUGCGAAAAGUCACGUUCCGUAAAAGUAGAACACACAUCGCAAGUCAGCAGUUUUAUUCUUCGAGAACACGUCUUACAUUUUCCCCGUAAGUUUCCUUUCUUCUUCGGACACAUCAUGUUUCAAGAAGAAGAAGUUUUCAAAGUCUUUGCAACCGUGUCGGCGAAGCUAUAUAACAAAGAAGAGUACACGAAAGAUAAAAGUAAUAUGGAGAAAGACAUGAUCGGGGACGCUAGAUUCAACACGCCUUUGUUGGUUAUCACGGAGGCGUUCGAGGAUCUGGCAGAUUUGCUGAAACCACGGAGGCAAAAACGCGAGAUCGGCAGAAACGGCGUCGUAUCAAAUGAUGGAUUAAGACUCGAUGCGUUUUGCAGUGCGUGUACUCACGUCUCUGUUCUCUUCGGCUGCCUCGGAUUCGCCUUCAAAUUCGCUGAGAUGGAGUACGUCUCCAAGGUUAGAGAUUUGGUGGAAGCAUCAAAAACGUUUGAUACGUUACAUAACAUUAUUGAUCUAGAUGUUAUGAAUCAAACGGUUAAGACACAAGGAAGCUAUUCGCGAAAUCUCCGACGUGUUAGACUAGGUUUAGAUUUGAUCCGAGCCAUCUUCGAACAAUUUUUGAUGACGAACGAGUAUUAUUCUUUGAAAGACGCUGCAACAAAAGCUUACACACAAGUAUGUGCACCCUUUCACACGUGGGGCGUUAGAACAGCUGUUUACGCUGGAAUGUAUACACUUCCGACAAGGGACCAGCUUCUGUUACGACUUAAUGAAACAGAUCAAUCUGUGGAGAAGAACAUGAGGAGAUACAUGGAAGCUUCGAGGCCGAUUAUAGAGUAUAUUGACAAGCUUUACAUUGAUAGGAACAUUAAACUGGAUUGGUAGCAAAUUUUGUUACAAAAAGGUUAGUCGCUGGACAUCUAAAAUUGUAGCUUCGUCAGCUCAAUGAUUGUUCUCUCGAUGAUAUUUAAUUCAUUCUUGAAUUAGAUUUUGGAUUUGAUGGCAAAAUUUUAAAUAGAAAAUAGUAUGAACAUUAUUGAAUAACAUAGUACUAUCUUGUUGGUUUAUGAUCUAAUGAAUGCACAAAUUUGUGCUUGUAGUAAUUCUAAUGUUCUACUUCUGGUGAUCAA